AAGUUCAGGAAGUUGAAGUUCAGAGGAAAGCAACCUCCUGGUGGUCUCACCCCAGGCUGAGGGCACCCAGACCCAGGGCAUUCACCAAGAAUCAAGCAGUUCAUCUGGCGGGGAGCUUUGAUCUGUGGACACAGUUCUACGAAGUGACCAGUAAUAAUUCUAGUUCUCGGAAGCAGAAGCAAGCUCAAGGGGCUCAAACUUCAUGGCCGGGUCGUUUUGGUAAAUGAUGGGACCUGGUUGGACCCCAGGUUGGUUGGAUUCCAGAGCUGAGGGUUUCUCCCAGACACCCCAUUCCUUAUUCAACCUUAAACUUCCUUGGAGACCAUGCCCUCAGCCCCAGGUCUUUGAGUCUCUCGAGCUCUUCUCAGCAACAUCCAGAGGGGGUGGCUCGGCUCCCUCCAUCCUUCCCCACCAGAAGGUGCAGCGGUCUGCCGCCAGCCUCCACCUCUGUCUCCUGACUCUUCAGCCACCUUCCCUCUCCUUGUUCCUCUGACUCCAUUCUCUGGCCCCGAUGAAAGCCGAGUCAAAGGCAGGCCCUUGCUUCCCCUCGGCGGCUCCCAGUGCCUCCCAGGGGAGCCCCUCCUUGGCAGAUGGCAUCCGUUAGUCACUCCCUGCUGCCCAGCGCUCCCAGCUCAUUCCUCUGACCGACCUGUGGGGAAGCAGAGAGGCCUGGAGAGAGGGAAGACCUGGGCCAAGGAAGAGGCAGAGGCUGCAGCCUGCCUCCCCCUGUCCCCAGCCUGCCUCCACCGCCCUCCUCAGCCAAAGCCCCUUCGAGUCCCCUGGGGCUCAGCCCCUCCCCCUGUCCCGGGCCCGGGCUGCCCGCGGGGCCUGCCUCCCACCAUGUCGGUGGCUGUGGAGAUCUUCGGCUUCUUCAUGGCAGCCCUGGGGUUGGUGCUGCUGGGGGUGACGCUGCCGCACAGCAGCUGGCGAGUGUCCACCGUGCACGGGAACGUCAUCACCACCAAUACCAUCUUCGAGAACCUCUGGUACAGCUGCGCCACCGACUCCCUCGGGGUCUACAACUGCUGGGAGUUCCCGUCCAUGCUGGCCCUCUCGGGGUACAUCCAGGCCUGCCGGGCGCUCAUGAUCACCGCCAUCCUCCUGGGCUUCCUGGGCCUCUUCCUGGGCAUGGUGGGGCUGCGCUGCACGAACAUUGGGGGCCUGGAGCUCUCCAGGAAAACCAAGCUGGCGGCUACCGCAGGGGCCCUACACAUACUGGCCGGGGUCUGCGGGAUGGUGGCUAUCUCCUGGUAUGCCUUCAACAUCACCCGGGACUUCUUCGACCCCUUGUAUCCGGGGACCAAGUAUGAGCUGGGCCCCGCGCUCUACCUGGGCUGGACCGCCUCCCUGCUCUCCAUCCUGGGCGGCAUCUGCCUCUGCUCCAGCUGCUGCUGCGCUCAGGACGACGACCCAGCAGCCAACGUCCGGGUUCCCUACAAGGCCCCGAUGCCCGCCUCCAGCCUCACUGCCCGCUUGCCCGCCGUAGCCUCGGAUGAAGACGGCGACAGCAGCUUCGGCAAGUAUGGGAAAAACGCUUACGUAUAGGAGGCCUGGCCCGUGGACCACAUUCGCUUCCUACUGCUCCCAGUGGAACCCCCGGGCUGCAGGCGCGGGUCCCUACUCCCUGUAACAAGCUCUGGGCCCAGCCUUGCAUCAGGCUCCGCCCCAUGCCCUGGAGCCUCGCCAGCUCUGGCUUCAGGCCCCGCCUCCCCGGUCGGAGCUCCGCCCUGGCCACGCCUCCGUCGGCUGGCCCUCUGGAUCCUCCCUGGUUAAGAACCCGACGACGCCUGAGAACUCCCUCUGGCCCCUGAGACUGGACCCAUCGUAACCUUCUGAGUCUGGGCUCUGGGCGAUGACGGGGGCUGGAGAUGUCCCCGAGUGUUUGUAGUCGGUAUAGACAUUCAUAAAUAAAUUUGUAUUAGGAA